UCAUUGCUGAAAGUAUACCAACGUUACUUUAAUUUUUUUUCGUGUCGUCAGCGUCUUUUCUGUAAGUUUUUUCGAGAACUUCUUGAUGAUGGCCGAUUCAGAUGAUGAGUACGAUCGCAAACGUCGCGAUAAAUUCCGUGGCGAGCGCAGCUCGGGAGAUAGCUACCGUUCAGAGCGUCGUGAAGACCGUCGCGGUGGUGGAGGCACAGGCGCAAGUGGGCGCGAUGAAUGGGCAGAACGUAAUCCCUUCCGAGGAGGCGGUGGAAGUGGAAGCGGUGGCAGACCUAGGCCAGAUUAUCGAGAGUAUCGUACCGGCGGUCGUGAACGUUAUGGCUCUCCUGGUCGGGAAAUGCCUCCCGCAAAACGAAUGCGACCAGACUGGGGUGAUGACAUGCGUGCUACUCCACGUUAUGGUUAUGAUCCCUAUCUUAUGCACGCAUGGAAUGAACAUUAUGCUGCACAUAGCUAUCAUGGCGGUUACGGUGGCCAUGGCCAUGCACCACAUGCGGCUCGAGAGUCACAAAGCGCAAACGAUUUGCAAACACAGCCCGCAAUGCUUACGUUAAAACAGUUUUUAGACACACAGGAUGAUGGAAUUUCCGACUCCGAAGUCUUGAAAAAAUACAGUGAAUAUAAAACAGAGUUCAAGCGCCAACAAUUGAAUGAAUUUUUCGUCGCUCACAAAGACGAGGAAUGGUUUAAAAAUAAAUACCAUCCCUUGGACAGCGUUAAACGUAAGGAAGAGCAAUUGAGCUUCUUGAAGAAACGGGUUGAAGUUUUUAAUGAAGUUUUGGAAAAUGGUCAAGUGAAAGCAGUAUCAAUUGAUACAUCACAAACGGAUCCCUUGUUGCGUUUGCUUGAUACGGUGGUUAUUAAAUUAGAAGGUGGCACGGAUGAUGAUUUGAAAAUUCUUGAUGAAAAACCCCGAGAAUACACCUUUCCGGAAAGGUCUUUUGAUAAGAAACCAGAACACGAUGAUGAUGUCAUCAUUACUUCAGUUGGCAAAAAACGCAAUGUAGACGAGGAUGAACCCAAGGUGGUGUCCCCAAGGCCGAUACGUCGGGCAGCAAUUUCAGAUGAUGAAGAGAACUGGGACGAAGAAGACGCUGAUAGCAAAACUAUAAAUAACAAGCAUGACAAGAAAAAAGAUAUUUCGGACGACGAAGAUAAAAGUGAUGAAGAUGAAAAGAGUAAAGACAAGAAGUCCCUAAAACGGAAACGUACCAGUUCUGAGUCAUCAUCUUCAUCGUCUUCUGACUCGGAUUCCAGUAGCUCCAGCUCUAGUGACGAAGACGAUGAUGAAAAACUGAAAGACAAAUAUGAUUUGGGUAGUGUUAAAGAAGAUAAAGAGACGGAGAAAGAGGUAAUGGCAGUAGACAAAGAAGAAGAAGUUGAGGAUAAGACAAAAGAAGAAACAAAAGUGUCAGAAAUUGCCACGGUUGAUAAUAUAUCUAAUGGUGAGGACGAAAACAAGUCACAGGUCACUCAAAAUGGUAUGGAUACAGAAGAUUUGUCUGUAGAAGUGGGAGAAAAAAGUAAUGGAGAAUCAGUUACUGAAAAAAUUGAUUCUGACAAAGUCGAUGAAACAGUACCUGACGAUACAGGUAUGAAAGAAAUAAGCUCAAAUACAAAAGACUCAAAGAACGAAGAAAAUAAAGCCGACCAGGAUGAAUCACUCUCAAGUGAAAACAAGGAAACUAGUGAAGAAAAAGAUAAAACAAUGGAUAUUGAAGACCAGCCUGAGACUAUCGAUUUGGACAAGGUAAAGGAUGGUCCACAACCGCGGGCGCUUCACCGAACUUCGUCCAUAUUCUUGCGAAAUUUAGCUCCAUCAAUUACCAAAGCGGAGAUUGAAGCCUUGUGCCAACGUUUUGAUGGAUAUCUGCGUGUAGCUAUUGCCGAUCCCUUGGUGGAUCGCCGUUGGUACCGUCGCGGCUGGGUAACAUUCAAAAGGGAUGUGAACAUAAAAGAGAUUUGUUGGAAUUUAAAUAAUACUCGGCUGCGGGAUUGCGAAAUGGGUGCGAUUGUGAAUCGUGACCUAAGUCGACGGGUGCGUCCAGUAAAUGGAAUGACGGCUCAUAAAACUAUUGUGCGCGCUGACAUCAAGUUAUGUGCGAAGAUUGCCAUGAAUUUGGAUGAGAAAUUCAAGCUAUGGGAUAAGAGUUUAGAGGACAAUGGAGAUCAAAACAUGGAGAAUCGCAAGGGCAAUGAUGAUGCCGGUGCCUCCUAUGGCUUCAAGUCGAACAACCCAGUUUUACAAAAUAUAACAGAUUUCUUAAUUGAAGAAGCUUCGGCUGAAGAAGAUGAACUACUGGGUAUAUCAGGUGAAAAUAAAGAAUCCGAGGGUGAAACUAUUGAAAGAGAUGCACAGCUCAUUUCGGUGCUUGACAACUUAAUUUUAUAUCUUCGCAUUGUGCAUUCUGUGGAUUUUUACAAUCACUGUGAAUACCCUUACGAAGAUGAGAUGCCAAACCGUUGUGGCAUAAUACACGCACGUGGACCGCCGCCAGCAAAAGUUCUACAGAACGACAUACAGGAUUAUAUUAAGAAUUUCGAAAGCAAAAUGCAAACAUUUUUGGCCAAGACGACGCCAAUAGAUGAUGAAGAGCUCAAAAAUUUGGGCAGCAAAGAUGCGGAAGCUGAAGUCGAGAAGUUCAUUCAAGCGAACACUCAGGAGUUGGCGAAAGACAAGUGGUUGUGUCCGCUUUCGGGCAAGAAAUUCAAAGGCCCAGAAUUUAUACGUAAACAUAUAUUCAAUAAGCAUACAGAGAAGGUUGACGAAGUGCGGAAGGAGGUGGAGUUCUUCAAUAACUAUCUACGGGACCCCAAACGACCACAACUUCCCGAACAUGCCAGUUCCACUAAGCGUACCACUUCAGAGUCAGGUGGUUUUGGUUAUCGAGCACCGGCAUAUCCACCAUCAUUUAUGCCGCCAUAUGCGGCUUAUGCGCCGCCGAUGAUGAUGCCUGGCCGUGGGGGACGAGGAUUUGGACCUGGUCGCAGAGAACCAAUGGAACAACAACGUCGUAUUAUUGGUUAUCAUGACUUGGACGCGCCCGCGAAUUUCGAUAUGUUCGAAUAAAUUGUGUUGACUCGUAGGAGCACUACAACAACAUACAACUGCUAUAUUUACACGCCAAAUUUCAGAUAAAAAAAAGAAAUAUAAACAUACGAUUUAAAUACACGUACCAUGUAGAAUCUGAAAGAGGCCACAGGAAAUGUACUGUUUACAACUACAAACAUAAAAUGACAUUCAGCGAAUAACUAACCGUAUACAAUUUAUGAUUUCCUUAUAAAUAGUUAAAUUAUCUUAGCGGUUGUGUUUAGUUUAAAAAUGUUUUCUGUAAAAUAUUUGCCAAGGAAAGAGAGUAUUGAAAACACUUAAAAAGCCUUUCGCAUACUAUUGCUUGAAGUCAAUAUUAAUUUUCACUUUUCCUGAUUUUCGUUUUUAAUUUACUGCACUAAGUAAUUUUUAAUAAACUACAAAGAAAAAGUGAAGUAUGUUAAAUAUAAAACAAUUCUAUUUAUGUUUAUAUGCUUACAGACCCGCUAAUAAGUAUCGUCAAUUAACACAGUACAGGGACUUGGAUGCCCCUCAAGAACCAGUUGACAUAUUUAACUAAUGCUGAAUGAAAAAGCUAUAUUCAUUGUAUUUAAAUAAACUCGUAAGACUCUUAUGUAAACAAGAUUUAAAUUUAAUUAAAAACGCAAGACAGACAUUACUA